AUGGUCUCCGCGCGUAAACGCAGGCUUACCAGGAAGCGCAAAAAGCCGGGAGCAGUCGUUAAGAUCAUGACGGCGCCGUCACCUACUCCAUCGUCUGCGAGACCCAGAAAGGGCUAUGCGGAAGCUUUGAAAGGAGACCGCCCGGUCGAAAGUUCGAAGGGCGAAUUCCCCUCCCUCUCGAACAACCCUCAACUCGGAAACGCCAACCAAUCCUCUAUGUGGGCAACGGCGGGCUCGCGGGCUGUGAGUGGGCAGGUGCCUCGAAACACGUCUACACCACUGUCUUCGCAGGGGCCUCAGGAAGACCUGUACAACUCGACAUCUUCAUCUAGAGGAAAUGGUGGGUUCCGCUUCGGCGCCCAAGGAACAGUGGGCCAGCCUGCGCAAAACUCUGCGACGCCCGCGGAUGACUUUCCACCACUGAAUCGCAACGCAAACGGCGAGAUUGGCGGGGAGCGGGGGGGCGGUCUCAUGUCGUCUCUGGGUUUCGGGGCUCAAGCCCCCGGUGCCGCACCUUCCAUACCAAGCAGCCGGGCUGCCGGCAACGGUCUGUUGAACGCCCUCUCGGCGAACAACAGAAGCUCAGACGCCCAGUCGCCGCCGCAGGCCAACGCUACCACUGCUGGAUCGGCAGAUGAAGAAAGGAAAGCUAGCCUGGGUGUGGGCAUGUCCGCAGCAACGGACUCGCCGUCUCAAGAUGCGAGCAACUCGCACAGCUUGGCAGGCCUCGACGCGGCAGCGCAUAACAGCAAGGUCAGAGAGACGGAGGACGGAGAGGCUUCCGACGCGCAGGACCCGUUAGCUGGCAUGGCCCCUAUCGACAAGUUUGGAAUCAAGGGCCUGCGAACCAUGAUGAACAACAACCCAAGCUACGCUGCGUUGAUGCAUGGCAUGGAUCCCAAUGACCUAGGGCUCAACGUGAACUCGCCCGAGCUCAUCUCCACGCAACAAUACUCGCUGUUCGACGACACACCGCCACGGCCCGUGGUGCCCAGUCACCGGCUGCCCGAGUGCUAUCAGGUCACGAACGUGCAGCCGAUAGAGACCAAGAUUCAGAGUUUCAACGAAGAGACGCUGUUCUGGAUCUUCUAUAGCUGCCCCCAGGAUGUGAAGCAGCAGCUCGCCGCAUUUGAACUGCACUCUCGCAACUGGAGGUGGCACAAGAAGCUGCACAUCUGGCUGACAAAGGACGAAACCAUGACGCCUCAAACGAUCAGUCCUACCCAUGAGCAAGGCUACUACGUCAUCUGGGAUAUCCGCAACUGGCGGAAAGAGCGGAGAGAGUUGACCUUGCAUUACGAGGAUCUGGAGACCUCGUUGGGAAGGCCACCUGCGGCGUAA